CACCACACACUGUUUCUUUGAUAUCCAUUUUAAUAUUUUCCUCCUGUUAUCUGUGAGAUAAUCAGUGUGUUAACCCUUUAUGGUCAAAUUAAUAUAUGUGAUACAUAUCUUAUGUUCAAUAUGUAUGACUGGAAGAACUACAUUGCUAUAUGACUCAAGUUCUUACAUGAAUGGGAAUCAUGAUUACAAAACAUUUCAUUUUAUUAUGUCCAGUCCAGUUGGUAGCAUCCAAUGAAAUGUCAAUAUUGGCAAGCCUUUGUGAACACAUAUUAUGUGUUUUAUUUCCCAGCCUGGUUAAUUAUGGAGAAAACAACAUGCAGCUUUUGAUAUACACUGCUGUUACAUGGAGGCACGUAUGUGACAUGGCUGGUAAGGAGGAACAGCAUAUGUGGGAGUCUGAAGAUGAGCCAGACAUCACAGAAGAGAAGGUUGUGGCUAUGAUAUUUGCAGAGUGCGACACUGAGGGAACAGGGAAGGUUCCUGUGCUGAAGCUGAUGCAUUUUAUGUUUAUUAAGGCCGACCAAAACCUGGACAGGUCUGUGCUUGAGGACCUGAGAGUAAUGCUGGACCCGCAGGAAUCAAAUGUGGAGGUGACAAAGCAGACCUUUGCUGCAACUAUGAGAACCUGGGCAGAGAAAUUGAGGAACAAAAGUGAAAUAUUAUGCGUGAAUGAUCCUGAUUCUUGCCAUGACAGAAAUAUAGGCUGUGCUCAAGUCUCGUAUGAUGGCCAGGCAUCUCCUUCAUCUGAUUCUUCCCAGUUCCUUUCAUGUGAUCAUCAUGGCUCAUCCUUCAGCUGUGGCAAUAGUGACACAGGAACCAUGCCUGUUACCAGUGAGAUGAAUUCUCUGGCAGAAUGUGUGAUGGAGCUGAGACAUACCAAUAAGCGGUUAGAGGAGCAGAACAGGGACCUGCAGGCUCAGGUACACACUACCGAGGAUAGCUACUCUCUGCUACAGAAAGACUACAAGAAUAUCCACCACAAGGUGUCCAGCCUGCAAGCCACCAUGGAGUCAUACCACCAACUGCAGAAGGAAUGUGAGGAGCUGAAGGAGGCAGCAGCCUUUGCGGAAACAUCCAGCUCCAUACUGAAGUUGAGAGUGCAGCAGUUGGAAAAGGAGGCACAGGUCCACAAACAGCAGCUGCUGGAACUUGAAAACCAGAAAAUGGAACUGAUCCUGGAAAUAGAAGGGGGCAAGAAGAAGAACGAGGAGAUGCAGAAGACAGCAAUAGUACAAAAGAUGGAAAUCGAGCAGCUGUUGAAGCAGUGUAGCCAGCACGAGCUUCUCAGUUGUCAACAGUCUGAUCAGAUUUUAGAGCUAGAAGACAGAGUUAAAGAUCUGCUGAAUAACAUCCAACUUUUGCAGGAAGAGAAGCAGUCUCACAUGGUUUCUCUUUCGAAUAUGGGAGAUGAACUACUGUUGGUCCAUAACCAGUCAUCUUGCAAUGUCACCAGCACUGGCUGUUUGGGGGUGGAUGGAAGCAACACCAAAAUUGAAGAUGAUGUUUACUAUAGUGCACACUCAUCACUGUUCGGGUUCGAUAAUCGCAACAGUCUUUUGGCAGAAUUUGAAGCUGUGAAGGAGUACCAAGAAACUCUGCACGAAUUCAUGAGCCUGGAUGAACAGAAGCAGCAACACAGAGUAACAUCCAGCUCUUCAACUUCAAGUGUGCCUUGUGGACUACAGAACAGCUUGCCGUGGGAUAAAUUUGUUUCCUCUCCAUCUACUACUAACGUGGCAGACAGGGAGGUGCAGGUCACGUGGCCCCUUGAAUUUCGAAAUCAGGAAAGCCAGACUUUGCCCAACAGUACUGGAGACAUGAGGCAACAGGUGCAGUCCUUCAUCAAACAGACAGAUCCAGACAACUUCAUGAUUAUAGAUGAGGAACUGUGUCAUGAGAAGCAGCAUAUGACCACUUCAGUCUCCAAUUUUGAGGAAUGUUCAGUCCCUUCAUCAGACUUUGUGCAGAUAGAGCUGCAGAUUUCCACCGUGUUCCAUCCUAACACAGAGCUGGUGAGGUGGGUGCAUGACACUGAUGCACUGAUUUCUGUAAGGAGGGAGACGAACCUACCGGGUAGGCUGAGUGGCGCCUGCGACGCCAUGGAAUUGGAGCCCCUCGAGCCCGCCGGGGCCGAUGUCAUAUCCACUGUCUGUCCCGUCCUCAACAGGACUACAUCCGUCACCUCAGCUCCAGAGGAGCAGUUGGCGACCUCGAUGCGACGCUGCGUGUCGGAGACGCACGUGGUGGGGUCGGGGAAUAGCGGCAGCAGUGUGAGCAGCGAGGCCUCGACUAGUAGCUCUCCCGCACAAGACGCAUUCCCCAGCCUCUCCAACGGGGUGCUACAGCAGUUGGGCCUGGAUCCUGCCGUAACCAGUGAUAUCUUGUCUGAGCAGGAUAUUGAGAACAGGUUCUCUGCCUUGUCUCUGGCAUUCAAAACGGACAAACUCACAUUAGUAACCCGCCAUAACCGUCAGCAGCGGCAGAGAGACCAGGCCGAAAGAAACAUGUCUACAGAGGUGAUAGCCCUGAAAGCUGCUGUACAUAACCUCAACUACCUCUGCAAGGAUUCGGAGUCUAUUGAAAUUCUUGGUAAGAUUCAAGACCAGGUCGAUGUGCUCCAGCAGUCAACUGAGCUAGUGUCCAGCUCAGCAGAGAUGUUUGGAGCAGUACAGCAGGAAAUCCGAGUGUCGAAAGCGAUUGAGGUGAUGCUGACACAUGUCGAGAAUCUGAAGCGUAUGUACGAGAAGGAGCACACGGAGCUGGAGGAAACCAAGCGAGUGUUGCUGGAAAACAAUCUUCUUGUGGAGGGUAGCGUGGACAGUACAGAAGCCACUCAGAGGAACCCACGACAUCGCAUCCUCAAUUCUCUGUCUGGCCAAGGAAAACAGAGGAGACGAGCAAGCAUUGCAGUGUUUCGUCCCCUUGGUUCACCAGAUUCCACAAAGACUUCAAAUGCCUCCCUUACCUUUGGGGAUACGAAGCGGGGUGUACCACACAGCCGUCGUACGCCAUCAUCCUACACGGAGAGUCCAGGUCCUGGUUGGGACCGCACAGAUCGGCUGGACAGGCCCGAAUUGGUAGGAGGAAGCAUGGAUGACAUCAAGGAACUGUCAGAGGGACGGUGCGAGAGUCCCGUUGAUUCUAAAGAACCAAGCACCACUCUGGAGGAAAACAACAACUGCACAGGCACCACCAGCCAUAAGUCAAGCAGCUGCGACAGUCCCCCAGAAGUCGUAGGUGAAAAUGUCACGUCUAGUUUCGGGAACACAGACAAGAAUCCUACGCAGUCCGGUGAGAUGAACAAGGACUUCACCAAGGACUCUGAUUACUCUGCAGCAUCCCUCAGCAGGAAUCUGCAGUCAUUGCGUUCCUUCAGGGAUACUGCUAUGGAAUUUACAAGUCAGGUGCACAUGACUCUAGUCAACUGCAUGAUGCCCCUGAACAUGGACUACAUGCUGAUCCAGACACGGCGUUGUGCCACACUCCUGCUCCUAUUUGCAGCGUUCUGGAGUCUUAUAUCCACAUUUGUGCCAACAACAGCAGAAUCCAGGAAUUCUAUACCUUUCUCCUGGUUGACCUUGAAAGAUGUACUCCUUCCAUAUAUGCAGCUACAGCAUUAUGGUCGCCCACCCACAUAACAGACCCAGUUCACCAACAGAGUGAGGGGCUGAGCACCCUAGGAUUUAAGACAUAAACCCAUGGCACCAAAGCCAAGUUGAUACAUUAUUCAGAAUUUAGGACUCUGCGACCAUGAUUCUGCUUGUUAGAAUGUACAGUGAUAUUUCGAUCUGUUACGCUGUUUUUCGUUAUCUUCAGCAGAGUUUUUAAACAUGUUGAUAACUUAUCAGCUUCAGGAAGAUAUUUAUUUAUCUAGUUUGUAAUUUUGUUCCAUAUGUUGUAAUGAAUCACCAUUAAAUUUUCAUCAUCAGUUUCAAGUUAGCAAUUGUCCAUUUUGCAAGUGUGAACACAAAGUGUGCAAUAUAGAUGGACAACCUCAUUUUGUGAUUAAGAGAAAGGUAGUCCAACACCAUUAAAGCAGUACACUAAAACCAGAGAUGAAAAUGUGUAUUAAGAAACCCACAAUUCAAAGCCUUUUAAGAAAAUAUGAUUCUGCUUGUUAGAAUGUACAGUGAUAUUUCGAUCUGUUACGUUGUUUUUCGUUAUCUUCAGCAAAGUUUUAAACAUGUUGAUAAUUUAUCAGCUUCAGGAAGAUAUUUAUUUAUCUAGUUUAACGUUUGUAAUUUUGUUCCAUAUGUUGUAAUGAAUCACCAUUAAAUUUUCAUCAUCAGUUUCAAGUUAGCUUUUGUCCAUUUUGCAGGUGUGAACAUAAAGUGUGCAAUAUAUAUCAAAGACCUCAUUUUGUGAUUAAGAAAAAGGUUUCACCAUUAAAGCAGUACACUAAAUCCAGAUACCUUCUGUCCAAAAAUCAGAGAUGAAAAUGUGUAUUAAGAAACCCACAAUUCAAGGCCCUUUAAGAAAAUAUAUUUUUAGGAAAAAUAUAUGCUUUAUGCUCUACAUAUUCAUGAAGGGCACAGAUCUGACAAAAUUGUACAUGUGUGUGUAUGUGCGCAGAACACUUUCUAUUCUUGAUUCUUUAGUACCAUUUCAGAUUAUUUUUUUCUGAUAAAUAGUAUUUAAUUUGGCUAUCAGAUACCACUUAAGGUGAUGCACCCAAUAAUUCAGUUCUAAAAAUCUUUAAUCAUAUCUAUGCUCUGAUGGGCACUGGUCAGCUUAAUGCGUUCUAGGAUGUGAUACCAUGUAGUAUGGUAGAUAGGCUCCUCCAAAAUUUCUGCACUUCCCUACCAGGCUACACAGAGUCACAUCCUACAAGUAAUCUCAGAGUAUAAAGAGAACUAAACAGAAUAUGAAAUGUUUGCGUGCAAAUAUUAUUACAUGUGGACCCAUGUGCCCCAUACUACAGGUUACAUAGUACAGCAUCCAUCUCCUGUGUAUCAUAUCGGUGAAUAAAGCUGAUGGAAAUUCUAGUAGUAAACCUUCUGUUGCUUCCAUAAUUAUUCAGUUUAAUAAAUAUAAUCAAGAUAGAAAUCAUGACACAAAGGCCUUUGCGCUUCAGAUUGGGGGUUGUGCUGUUGGCUGGAAACCCAUUCAAAUAGAGAACUAUAUUUUCACAACUUACAAGGGUGAAUCUUAACCCAUCAAUAUGGUUUGAUGUAGAUAUUAUGUCAGGCAUUUAAUUGCUCUGUGUACAGUUUAAUGUAUAUUGUACGUUUGGUCAUUAGCUUUAUUUCUCUCAUCUCAUUAACGAAAGUUUCAUAACUGAAUAUACAAUAUUUAUAUUAUAAUGGAGAAAAUAGGAACACGCAUGGGGUACUGAAUAGGGGGUAGCUCAUAAUACUAUUAUAAUGAGAAUAGUGCUUUGUGGUAAGUUUUGAAUUUAUCACAGAAAAGAUUUAGAAAAGUACCAGUAACUUUGAUAUGUCAUAAAAAAUGUUAUAAACUGUAUACAGUAUUAUGUGUUGCCCUCAAAACCAAAGAACCAUUAUUUGAAACAUUUUAUUCAAUAAUAAAUAGAAGAAUUAUUUCAUAUGCUUAAGAUAAAUGGGACACUCACAUAGGUGUACCAAAGGGUAUGAAUCAUUCACAAACUCUGUGUCCCCCAAACUCCGUGUAGGUGUCUUCUAAGUUUUUGUGUAUACUAUGUGAAGAUGUCUCAGAAUAUGUGUUGCUGAGAGUUAUGUAGGUGGUUCAAAGUGUAUGCAGAUGUCUCUGGAGUGUUGAGGCCAAGCUGGAUAAAGUGGGCAAGGCAUACAGCAGGAACUAAAACUGCUUAGAACUUAAUCUACUGUAAGAAGACCAGUUGGGGAAACUACAUGGAUUAUCUU